CGAACCCCGCUUGUGUUACGGCGGAGGCCGCGUGCACAUUGGCAUUUAUCAAACGGCCCUGGCAUGUCGCUCUCCCUGACAGCACGGGACACACGCACAAGCACACGCACACACCCAGAGUGCACAGCGCUGAGGGCAAAUUGGGCACUUCUUUCCCCGGCGAGGAACAGAGAAGAAAAAGUGACAGGCAUUGGUUUUAAGACAACGCCGGCAGAUAAUGUGACAACAAGCCCAGCAAAAUGAUGGAAAGACGUAAUGGGAAAAUGCAACCAGAGAGAGAGGCUUCAGAGAGUGGCACACUUCCAUACUCAGUGGAAACCCCGUACGGUUUCUGUCUAGACUUGGACUUCCUGAAAUAUGUCGACGAUAUUGAGAAAGGGAAAACCAUCAAAAGAAUCGCUAUCCGGCGCCACGGCAAAGGCCCUCGGCCGAGCACGCUUCCUCGGCACCUCGAGCCCUCCGGGUGCGGCUACCGUGCCGGCCCUUGGGGAUCGACCGGAGCGCUCGGACCCAGGUCUCGACUGUCUGACGAACACCGCUGCGGCUCCGCUUCCCGCUCGGGUGACUGCAGGUCGCCCGUUUCUCCGAGAGGCCGAGCAGAAAUCGAGGCCAAAAUCCGAGCGUUUGACGAGCAGCCCCUGGGUGAGCGCAUACGACCUCAUUUCCUCCGAGCCUCCAGUCUGCCCCUGACGGUGCUUUUGAGACAAGGACUGGAGACAACGGAGGAGGCCGGAAGCCUCCGAAGUUCAAGGGGUCACCUUGGAGACCGAAACAAGUCUUGCGAAGGCAUCUUCGAUGCCGCCGACAGUCCUCACAGCCAGGAUUGCUCAGGCCUGUUGAAACGCCUACGAGAUGCCUUGGAACAUGUGGAGGAGCUGGAGAGGGAAGUGCGGGUCAUUCCAGACCUCAGAGCGCAGAUCCGCCUGCUGCAGGAGCGAAAAGAAACGCUGCGUUCACAUAUUCCACCGCUCUCCCUGAAUGGGACCUCCGCCCACUACGACAAUAAAAGGUCACGGCACGAAGGAUGUCGUCAAGAUCGGAAUCCUACGCACGGGUGGAGGGAGAGCACGGACCUGGAUGAGCUGCUGACGGUGACGUCGCUCCAAGCUAAGGUCGCGAUGCUGGAGCAGAAGCUCCACGGGACGGAGCUGGACCUUCAGAGGGUCGCGGGGCGGCUGAGGCGGCAGCAGAAGGAAAGCAAAGAUGAGCGCCUGGAACGUCUCGCGGCCGAUCCUGCGGUGGGGGUGCGUGCGGAGCGGGUGCAGCUCCGCCAGGAAGAGGAUGACAUCGUGGCCAUAUCAAAAAGUGUCAGCACAAAUGGAGAAAGCGCUCAGAUCAGAGACGACGUUGAAGAUUCUUCAACUGACCCGUCCGUGGCGCUCCACCACAUAAAUAAGAUCAAGCGACUCCUGGAUGAGCAGUGGGCGUGUUUGAGCGCGGCAGACCGGGAGAAAGGUGCGCAGCGCUUGAGCCCGAAAGUUAUCGCCCUGCAGCGGGAGAUGAUGGCACUCGUCGACGUCCUUCGCUCGCGCUACGCGAUACGAGGUGCAGGUGGGGGGUGCGACAUGACGACCGACAGCAGUGCUUGGACCGCCAAAGGCGCUGAAAAAGGGUGCAAAACAACUGCUCGUGACAAUCCGAUUGGGCGGGACUGCGCGCCGCAGACGGCGGGUAGUUCAGCGCGAGAGGAGAGCAGUAGCGGGCCUCCUCGGGAGACGGCCGCAAGCCAGGCGGAGGCCCAAGACGGAAGGGGGCAAACGAUAUCGCAAGGAGCAGACGGAGGGCGGGCAUCUGUCGAAGGCGGCGCCGCGGCGGAAAUGGCCGAGAUUGCGAAACAGACGGAGGGGGACGCUGCCUCCAAAACAGGUCGAGACAGCAUGACAGUAAAUGCCGACUUUAUGGCAGCUUGUCACUUCCUCGAUGAUCACAUGGACACCAUCGAGAACCCCACCAACGACACGAGGAAGGCCCUUGUCGUGCUUUUCCAGGACUGGUUCAGUGCGGCGGCAGAGGAGAAUUCGGUGGCCAGUAAAGUCGCCGUGUACUUGCGGGAGGUGGAAAAGGCAACACCUUCGCUACUGGCCUUCCUCGUCAACCUGGCCGAUGAUAACGGCAACACGGUCCUCCAUUACAGUGUUUCCCACUGCAAGUACAGUAUUGUCAGUCUGCUGCUAGACACAGGAGUAAGUGACGUUAACUUCCAGAACAAAGCGGGUUACACAACUGCCAUGCUGGCCUCGCUCACGGCCCCCGACAACCCCGGCGACAUGGAAGUGGUCCGCAGGCUGAUGGAGCUUGGGAACAUUAACGCCCGGUCCAGCCAGACGGGCCAGACGGCUUUGCACUUGGCUGUGAGGCACGGGCGAGCGGUGAUGGCGGGCCUGCUGCUGAGCUGCGGCGCAGACGCGAACAUCCAGGACGCUCAGGGAACCAGCGCCCUCAUGUUUGCGUCCCAGAGAGGCUACGCGCACAUCGCAAGGCUGCUGCUGGAGAGGACCCAGUGCCAUCUGACGCUGACCGAUCAGGUGACGCUGCUCAACCAGGGGUGGCAAACUCAUUUUUGUCACGGGCCACAUCGCGGUUAUGACUUCCGUCGGAGGGCCGCUACGACCGUGAACCCAUAGAAAUGGAAGAAAAUGAAAGACACAUUGAUGAAUAAGCAGCUUAGAAAUCAGAAGCCUAUAAAAACAUGUUUUUCAACAACUACAUUUCUUUUCAAAGGGGGAUUGGUAACAAAACAAUCGUUGCAAAUAUCUCCAUGGUAUUAGACCAGGACACAAUGAGCAAUUUGGAUUUGUUUGUCGCGGGCCACACAAAAACGAUGUGGCGGGCCGGAUCUGGCCCGCGGGCCACCGGUGUGCUGCCUUGGGCCUUUUGGAAUAAAUACGCUCGAGGGGUACCCCUGCACCGAACAAGAAGCUUUUCUAAAUCGUCUUGUGCACUUUACAAACAGAAGUAUACAACGGGACAAACGCGACUCGGGAAAUUGGGAAAUUCCAGAUUCGAGUGACAUUUCACAAUGGCGCUAAAACGCACCAUAAACCUUCCAAGUGAACGUAAGUCGAAUGGCAACAUUGACAAGGGGUCGGAUCAACGAAUCGAUCGAUAUGUGUCCGUCGGCAUCCGCCGCGAUGCCUUUCUGUGACUUUUCCGGUCUCUCUGCCGAUGACUUUCCAUGAAACUCAAAGCUCAUUGGCCACUUUCCUCUGACAUCGUCCCGUUGAUCCAUUUUUCUCAUCGUGUCGAAAUACCAAGAGGAGUUUUUAAAUACCCAUCUUCAACAUACAAAAAUGAAUGAAUGAAUGACAAAGUGUGAUAAAAACUCUUGACAUGUCAUACUUUCACAUGUAUUUCUGUUUUUACAAAGUAUAAAAGGAUCAAGUGCUAUUUUCCUUCUUAAAAAAAACACAUCCCAAUUUGUUUGGGGGGGGGGGCUGGAAUGGAUUCAUGGCAUUUCCGCUCAUUUCAAUAGCCAAAGAUGAUUUGAGAGAUGGAUUGAAUACGUCAAUUGUAUACCGUGCUUUCUAAAGCUAAGCAGCUCUCAAACUCACCUUCAGCGAAGUGUUCCGAAUGGACAGGAAGGCUUUGACCCUCCCGCCUGCGUUCUUGGCCAUAUUUUGACAUUGCUCAUCAAAGGUGACAAAACAAUGCGAGGCGGGCCGCGUCCACGUCAUCUACGGUGAAUAUGUUCCAAAGAUUUCCUAGCCGCUUUUCUUUCCUUUUAGAGUGGCCGCGCCGCGCUGUCGAUGGCCAUGCAAGGAUCCCCCAGUGACACGGCGGCCCUUCUGCAGGCCCACGCCGAGCC